AGUGCUCACGACCUGCCUCGGUAGAUACAGGUACCGUACGGGCGAUGAUGCCUUGCCACAGUAGUUACGCACCGUUGAUGCUGAUGCAAAAUCCAAUUCCUGGCAGGGUCUCCUGUCGUGAAAGGAAAAGACGUUUUCUGCCUGGCAAGGCCAACCAAAAGUUAACUGUCAUAGUGUAAGCAAACACGCGACGAUGGGGGCUACAUGUGCAGUCUAUGGUGCCACUAGCUAUGCUCUGCAUCAGACGAGUGUCUCCUGAGACGCUUACCAGGUACCGUAGUAGAAAACACCUGGACUUCACUUUUGAGCCAAACAAGCCGCUUCGCGGGCUUGUAGGUAUCCAAGCCUCUGUCCAUCGUCCGGGGCCGUCUCGGCUGUUGGCCAUGUGUUUUUCGGAUCUCGACCAUGACAAGACAAUCGAAUCCAACAAAGUAACCCAUUCCUCAAAGUAAGAUCCAGCUAGCGAGCAAGUAGCACAAAGCAAGAAGCAGCACACUUCACAAUCUAUUCCAGUCUAUAGCAACCCAAGAUGUCGGACUCUGAAGAAGGCAAAUCAAAGCAGAAGAAGGAAAGCAAGAAGAAAUCGUCCGCUCCUCCCAAGGAAUACGAGGAACGCGUCAAGGCCGUGAAUAUCAUCGCUCAUCCGUUGGCAAAUAAGAAGUCCACCAAAAAGUUGUACAAGUUGGUCAAGAAGGGGAGUUCUGCCAAGCAUGUGCGGCGUGGCGUGAAGGAAGUCGUCAAAGGUCUACGGAAGGGAGAAAAGGGUCUCGCGGUGUUGGCAGGCGAUAUCUAUCCCAUUGACACCAUCAGUCACUUGCCCUUGCUCUUGGAAGAACAGGAGGUUCCCUACGUUUUUGUUCCCUCUAAGCAUGACCUGGGUGCGGCUGCAUCCACCAAGAGACCCACCAGUUGCGUGCUGAUAAGGACACCCAAGAAAGACUUUGAGGCGCAGGAUAUUUACGACUCCAUGAUGAAGGAAGCCAAGGAGUACAAACCUCAGAGUGUUAUUGUCAAAACAUAAAAAGAUAAACGUCUGCAAUUUACAUGUUCUAGCUAGCUAGUGAGUAUUCCAUAGCAAGAAAAUAAGAUAUAUUUGUUC